CAGGCGUCUUCAAAUACAUUGAGAAUUUACCGUAUCUUAUUUUUCUUUCUUUCUUUCUUCUAAAAUUAGUAGUGGGGUCCUCUUAGUUCUCUCUGUAAUGACAGCCUAAUCAACAGCCUGGAAAAGUUGGGUUAUAUGCACUGCCAAAGCAGCUUGCACUUUCGUUUUUCUUAAAGGGUUCUUAAUAUUUUCUUGGUGGCAUUCACAUUUUCUCAGCUGAGAAUUCUUUGUCGAGAAAACCCAAAAGCACUUCGAACUCAAAAAACUCAUUCCAGGGAAUAGUUGCUUGUUUCCCAUUUGUGAGGUAAGGGCAUUGAUGAAGUUUUGAUCUUUGAAGUAAAGUUUAUGUAUUUACAUUGUGUUGUAAUGUUAAUUAGAUCUGAGUCUUGGGAAGACAUGAACUUUGAGGGGUUGGAAUUGAAUCACUGGGAUUUUUAGGAUUUCUUUUUUUUUUUGCGUUAAUUCUUUUGUAGUUUUGUGGGGUUUUCUUUUGAAUCUUAGUUUACUUGGUUUCAAGCAGUGUUUUGAUUAUUUGUCGAGUUGGGAGCUUGGGAAUUGAAAUUGUAUUAGGCAUUUGAAUUAUUGUAAAAGUUGAAGAUGAAAAUAGGGUAUUUGGUGCCUCUGGUUUUAGCUGUUGUGUUGUUCGAGUUUCCGGAUUAUCGAAUACAGGCCGCAUUCGCGCCUGCCGAUAACUACUUGAUUGUUUGUGGUUCUUCAAAAGAUGUCACAUUCCAAGGUAGAACUUAUGUUCCUGAUUCAGGCCAUUCUUCUCUUUCCUUGAAGAGUGGAAGUUCUUUUGUUGCUGGUUCUAAUGCCAGUGUUCCGUCUCCGAUAUAUCAAUCUGCUCGAAUCUUCUCAGGCAUUGCUUCUUACAAGUUCGAUAUCAAGAAAGAAGGCCGGCAUUGGGUCCGGCUCUACUUUCAUCCUCUUUUGAAAUCUGGCCAGGACUUGACAUCUGCUCCGAUAACGGUUGUCACUGACGAUAUUGUGCUCUUGAACAACUUCACUUUCAAGAACUAUAACGGUUCUUUUUUGUUCAAGGAGUACGCAAUCAAUGUGACUUCAGAUACCUUGACUCUUACCUUCAUUCCUUUGAACAAUUCGGUUUCGUUCGUUAAUGCGAUCGAAGUUGUCUCCAUCCCGGAUGCAGUCCUGCCUGACCAGGCAUUAGCUUUGAAUCCAUCUGCUCCUGUUAGUGGUAUUUCGGAAUUCGCCAUGGAGACUGUUUAUCGGUUAAACAUGGGAGGGCCAUUGAUCACUUCUCAGAAUGAUACGCUCGGAAGAACAUGGGAGAAUGAUGUGAAAUAUCUCCACGUAAACAGUUCUGCUCUGAAUGUUUCAGUCAAUCCAGCUUCUAUCAAAUAUACGGCUUCCGUUACUCCGGAAACGGCACCAAAUUGGGUCUAUGCCACGGCUGAAGUCAUGGGUGAUGCAAAUGUUCCCAGCAUGACCUUCAAUGUAACUUGGGUCUUCCAGGUUGAUCCCAACUUCAGGUAUUUGGUUCGGGUCCAUUUUUGUGAUAUCACAAGUUCAUCACUCAACACUUUGGUUUUCAACCUAUACAUAAAUGACGACAAUGCUCUUGCAAGUCUCGAUCUAUCCACAUUGACUGGUGACCUAAAAGUGCCGUACUUUAGGGACUUUAUCUUCAAUUCUUCGGUGGAAUCUGAUACUUUGACUGUUAGUAUCGGUCCAGAUACUAUGGCGGACAUCACUAAUGCGACUAUGAACGGAUUGGAGAUCAUGAAAAUCAGCAAUGAUGCUGGAAGCCUGGAUGGGAUUUCUUCUGUUAAGAAUCUACUUCCUAAAUCAUCCUCGAAGAAAAACAAGAUAGGGAUAAUAAUCGGUUGUCUUGUUGGAGCGGUAGCUGCAGUGGCAUUAAUCGGAUUUUGCUAUUGUUGUCUGGUUGCAAGGAAAUCGAAAGCUACUGAACAAGGACAUUCAUGGUUACCUUUGCCCUUAUACGGAAACUCUCUGACCAUGACCAAAAAUUCCACUACAUCGCAGAAGAGUGGAACAGCAAGCUGCAUCUCGUUGGCUUCCACGAAUCUGGGGCGGUUGUUCUCCUUCCAAGAAAUCCUUGAUGCUACCAACAAGUUUGACGAGAGCCUACUUCUUGGAGUCGGUGGUUUCGGAAGGGUCUACACCGGAACCCUUGAAGAUGGGACUACAGUUGCUGUCAAAAGAGGUAAUCCCAGAUCUGAACAAGGUCUUGCUGAAUUCCGCACUGAAAUUGAAAUGCUUUCUAAACUUCGCCACCGCCACCUUGUCUCACUUAUUGGGUAUUGUGACGAAAGAUCGGAAAUGAUUCUUGUUUACGAGUAUAUGGCUAAUGGACCGCUUAGAAGUCAUCUUUACGGAACAAAUCUACCUCCUCUAUCGUGGAAGCAACGGCUUGAAAUAUGCAUUGGGGCUGCUAGGGGACUUCAUUAUCUCCACACCGGUGCAGCCCAAAGCAUUAUUCACCGUGAUGUGAAGACGACAAACAUUCUCUUGGAUGAGAAUUUUGUAGCCAAAGUGGCGGAUUUCGGUCUUUCGAAAACCGGUCCAGCUUUAGAUCAGACACAUGUGAGUACCGCUGUUAAGGGUAGCUUUGGUUACCUUGAUCCAGAAUAUUUCCGAAGGCAGCAGCUCACGGAGAAGUCCGAUGUGUAUUCGUUUGGAGUGGUUUUGAUGGAAGUUCUCUGCACUAGGCCGGCUUUAAAUCCUGUUCUCCCAAGAGAACAAGUUAAUAUCGCGGAAUGGGCAAUGACUUGGCAGAAGAAAGGCAUGUUGGAUCAAAUCAUGGACUCUAACCUGUCGGGGAAAGUCAAUCCAGCUUCCCUCAAAAAGUACGGAGAGACAGCUGAAAAGUGCCUAGCCGAGUAUGGUGUUGACAGGCCAUCAAUGGGAGAUGUAUUAUGGAACCUCGAAUAUGCUCUUCAGCUGGAGGAGACUUCAUCAGAGCUGAUGGAACCCGAUGAUAACAGUACGAACCAUAUACCUGCCAUUCAGUUGACACCACUUGAGCCAUUCGAUAACAGUGUAAGCAUGCUUGAUGGUAAUUCCGGCACUGAUGAUGAUGCUGAAGAUGCUGCCACCAGUGCAGUAUUUUCACAACUCGUAAAUCCUCGGGGAAGAUAGAUGACAAUCAGUCCUUGGUGAUUUUAGUACGAUGGACAUCCUGCUAAAAAACAAUACUUGGAAUUCCAAGAGAUUGAACUAAGGUUUUUUUUUUCCGCCAUACAAUUAUUCUGUUUUUUUUCCUGAAACUUUUAUCCAUGAUAAAUUUAGUUUGUAAUAUAGUUGAGUGAUGGCUACCAACUAAUCCAUCCAAAACUCCUAUGCAAUGUACCAUAAAUAUUCCAUCAUUGUUGAUUUAUUCAGGUUAUGAUUACAUAGUUACCUAA